AUGGCUGCCUUUGUUAGGAGUCUAGUGCUUGCCCUCAUGGUUUCUAGAUUCAUCAACAUAAUGGCAUCCGACGACGACCCUUAUGACGCAAUAUGCUCGCCGAUAUGGGGUUACUUCCCUGACUGUGCUGAGUAUUUGGGUGGUUUAACCCAUCACCUGCCAAAAAAAUGCUGUCACGGCAUCAGAAAGCUCAAUGAAAUAGCUAAGAAAGCCAAAAAGGGACCAAAGGUGGUCUGCUUUUGCAUUGAAGCCUACAUGGUUCCUCAAGAUUUUCACUUAAAACCUUCACGAAUCAAAAAGCUACCAAAGAAGUGCCACACAGAUAUUCGUUUCCCGAUUUCUGAAACAAUGAACUGCUCGUUUGACUAG